CCACCGCCACCGCCACCACCGCCACCGCCGACCCCCACUGUCUCCAGCGUACGGCCCAAACAGCAGCUGCUUUACCUGGCCAAGGUGCUCGGCUUUCAGGUCCAGUUCACCGACAUACCGCGGGGCAACAAGUCCGAGUUCCUGUCGCUGGUAUCGCUGACCACGCAGCCGCCACAGAUGUCGCACGGCUCGGGGCCGACGGUGGAGGCAGCGCACGACCAGGCGGCGCUGACGGCGCUGACAGCGCUCACCGAACUCGGCCUCGACAGCGUCACCACCAACGGCACGGCCGGCCGUUCCGCCGGCGACGGCGACGGGCCGCACGUGUCGUGCUCGGCGCCGCAGUAGCGGCCUCGCCUACUGCCCGUCAGUCUCCGGCGCCCGCCACGCCGCUGGGGACUAGCCGACGCGGCCCGCGCCCCUGCCGUGUGCGCCGGUGCCGGAGGGUUACGGCGACUGCGCCGCUAGCCGUGGCGGACGUCUGUCGUCUCUCGUGCCCCGCCGUGGUCCACCGUUGUCGCUCAGUCGGCCGGCGGUCGGUCGCGUCGGACAGGUGGCAGCCCCGCACCGUCGCCGUUUUGUUCUAUCUAGCGGCUAUAACGAUUGUUGAAGUUUAUCAAAUUAUAUUUCGCAGUCAAGUGCGUCGUCGUGCAAAGCUGUGAUAUCACAUCAGGUUUCUUUCAGUCGCUGUAUAGUUUGAGCGGCUGGUGUGAGCCGCGCUGAGCGCCGCCGGGCCUGGUGCGUCCGCUAACCAACCGGCGGGUGCGGGGCUGCCCCCCGGCUGCGAGUGGCCAACCGUCGCCGCUGUCGGCGUGCCGGCCGCAGUAGCGCUCUCUCCCUCCCUCUAUCUCUACUCACCUCUGAUCGCGUUUGGCCGGCCUGCCUCCUCUGAGCGGACUGAAGGGCUCUCUCCCCCUCUUAUUGGUGUGCGUGUCUGCGCGCGCACGUGCGCACAGCCUGCCUCCAGACAUGCGCGCGCGUGCGCGCGAACGUACGCCCAUGUGUGUAUAUGUGUCAGCGCGCGCGCGUGCACGCAGCCAGUCUAAACGAGCGCGCGCGCGUGCUUGUGUAUGUGUACGUUGUCAGCUGGGUGGUGCGGGCCCGCCGAGUGCCGUCAUUACAUGGAGGCGGGUCGCACCGCCCUGGGCCAUCUGCGCCGCUGGUCAGGCGGGAGUCACCUGUCCCGCCGUGCCCUUCAUCGACAGUACGACUCUAGCUCCUGUGGGACGGGCCCGGCUGGCACUCGUGCCACCUCCCCAGCGCAGGGGGAAGGGGGUGCUCCGUUCGUGUCCGCAAGUGCUACUGCGGAGUGGUCUUCGGGUGCCCCCUGCCGUCUUAUCGUGCGCACGAGCACGUCCUCGCGUCUGAUCGGCGUCGUUGGCCCCUGACGUCCCGACGUUUUUGUGUCCCUAGAAAUUUCUGAACUUGGGACUGGCUUGUUUGUGUGUAACCGUGGAGUUCGCAACUAGCGUUUUUGUCUGUUUUGAACCGGGCAGCAUUCGUGGUUCCGCUUUUGUGUGUGUGUGCGUGUGUGUGGAUGGCAGACACCUCGUGCCACCUCCUGUUACCACAACCUCGGUGCUUUUAUUCUUGCCCGUCAGCGGUUGGGGAGCUAUGGAAUAGCAGACCAGACUGCCUCUUCGGCUUGGAUGGACUAUUCCGGGCGAUGUCCGAGCUCUGUGCCCUCGGCUCCGACUGGCAGACGCCUCAUCACGCCUCUAACCGCAUGGUUUUCAUCCCGUUACCCGUCCCCCUCCUCUCCCCGACAUCGCCGGUCCUUGCGCUCCGUAUGUGUCGCGUACACGCCGAUCCACCCGGUCGACUAGGCAGCGUUGGCGACAGGUCGGUGGCGCCUCGCUCCUCCUCCGGGCGGGGCCGUGCUGCCGUCCCGGCCGCCGGCGCCGGUUGCUGUUGUCGUACGCUCCGCCGUCGCUGUCCGCUGCUGCCGUGCUGGGCGUUGCGUUGUGUAAAUCCGGACAACGACAACGCCGGCGCCCGGUGGCGGACAGGGCGGCGCUGUGCCGGCGGCCGGAGGCGCGCUCUCCUGUCGGGCGCCGAUGUUGUUUGUGCAAGCACCGCUUAACACUGUAAUCCGCCUGUGUCGGUAACCUGUUAUCAGUUGUGCAAUAAGAACUCUUAUUUCUGUGCCAGAAAAUCAAUAAAAACAGAAAGACUA